CAAUGAACGUGUCUUGUUUGAGACACCCAACAGCCAAGCGCUAUAAAACUUUUUUCUCUUUCCUCUCUGUCUUUUUUCUUGUUGAACGAACAAACACGAAUUCUUUCUACUUUCUGUCAACCAAAUUUAAACCAUCUCACCUCUUCUCAUCCAAUUUCGCACUCUCUCAAUAUUAGGGUUUCCUUUCUUCUUCGCUUUAUUCUUCUACACUUUUUAUAAUCGCAAUGGCGAACAAUGCAGAAACUUCUAGCAGAUGCAUCUCCAUUAGUUCUGGCGAUAUUCCUGUUGAAUUCGACAGCAAUGAUGUUCACUCUGAUAAAAGUUCUGUUGAUGUUUUGAUCGAUGAAAAUCGUGGGGCUGAUGAUUAUGAGGAUCAUGAUCAUGGUGAUAGUGAUUAUGAGGAUUCUGUUUGUGAUUCUCAGAAUUCUUGUAGAGCUUUUUCUUCUGGAUCUACUGAUGAGAGUCAAGAUAACCAUCACAAGUUUCAGGAAUCCUCAACUUCUAAUCACCUUGCGAGAACCGGAGAAUCUAAACGUUUCAAUCCUCUCAGUGUAUUAAUAGCAAAACUUUUUGAUGAAAAAGUGCCUGUGAAGAAAAGGCUCAAAUGGCUGAAGCGAAUGGCAACUGUUAAAAAAGAUGGAACUGUACAAUUUGAAGUUCCUGGAGACAUUAAAGCCCCAAGCCUUGAUUUGGGAAAUGGAAUGGCUUCUGGAGAAAAUGUAGAAGAGGAACAACUUGAUUCGGUUGACGUUUAUGAUCUUCCCCCAAUGCAAAUUGUUAUGCUAAUUGUUGGAACCAGAGGGGAUGUGCAACCCUUUGUUGCCAUCGGGAAGCGUUUGCAGGAGUAUGGCCAUAGGGUCAGAUUAGCAACUCACGCAAAUUUCAAAGAGUUUGUAUUGGCUUCUGGCUUGGAGUUCUUUCCUCUGGGAGGAGAUCCAAAAGUUCUUGCUGGAUACAUGGUGAAAAACAAGGGCUUCUUGCCUUCAGAACCUUCAGAGAUACCUAUUCAGAGGAACCAGAUGAGGGAUAUUAUAUUCUCUCUGCUACCUGCUUGCGAGGAUCCUGAUCCUGAUAGUCAUGUUCCAUUCACUGCUGAUGCAAUAAUUGCAAAUCCACCAGCCUACGGACAUGUACAUGUUGCCGAGGCACUCCAAGUACCAAUUCAUAUAUUCUUCACAAUGCCUUGGACGCCCACUAGCGAAUUUCCACAUCCUCUGUCCCGGGUUAAGCAACCAGUUGCUUAUAGACUUUCUUACCAAGUUGUUGAUGCUAUGAUUUGGCUUGGAAUACGGGACAUGAUAAAUGAAUUUAGGAAGAAAAAGCUGAAGUUGAGACCUGUCACCUACUUAAAACCUUCUUACAGUUCAGCACCUGAUAUCCCUUAUGGAUAUAUUUGGAGCCCUCACCUUGUCCCCAAACCUAAAGAUUGGGGACCUAAAAUUGAUGUAGUUGGAUUCUGUUUUCUUGAUCUUGCUUCACAUUAUAAACCUCCAGAAGAGCUUGUUGAAUGGCUUGAAAAGGGUAAAAAGCCAAUUUAUAUUGGCUUUGGAAGUCUGCCUGUACGAGAACCUGAGAAAAUGACAAAGAUCAUUGUGCGGGCCCUGGAACUCACUGACCAAAGAGGAAUCAUCAAUAAAGGCUGGGGUGGUCUUGGAAAUUUGGCAGAACCGAAGGAUUUUGUGUACUUGUUGGACAACGUGCCUCAUGAUUGGCUAUUCUUACAGUGCUCUGCUGUGGUGCAUCAUGGCGGCGCUGGCACAACUGCUGCUGGACUUAAAGCUGCGUGCCCAACAACAAUUGUGCCAUUUUUCGGUGACCAACCAUUUUGGGGAGAGCAAGUGCAUGCGAAGGGAGUAGGGCCCACACCAAUCCCAAUUGAAGAUUUUGUACUUGAGAAACUGAUCUCUGCUAUACGCUACAUGCAGGAUCCCAAGGUAAAGCAGCGUGCUGUGGAAUUAGCAAAAGCAAUGGAAAAUGAAGAUGGGGUUGCAGGUGCGGUGAAUGCUUUUCACAAACAUUUUCCCCGGAAGAAACCCGAGUCUGAGAAUUCCGAACAUCAAAGGCCACAUAAAUCACACUUAUCGAUUAGAGGGUGCUUUUUGGGUACCCAUUAAUCUAAUCAUCCGUUACCAGAUAGUUUUGAGCUAUUUAUAGCCAAGUAUGAUAAAAUUGUGUUGACUUCACUAACCAGCCUUUUUAACUCCUUGCGGUUUGACCUGUUGCUUGUGCAGCCUUUAAGAAAUUGUAUUUCCAUAUGUAUCUAUACCACCUGUAAUAUCAAUAUAUUGGAAAAGUUACCAAAUAAUGUACAUCUUCUGUGAUCACAAAUACAAGAGCUUAUUAGAUGAGCAGUUUUGGUUCUAA